AGACAUAUCCUCAGCUUCAAUGACCACCAACUAAUCAGGAUGAUGUCUGUCAAAAAGCUAUUGCUUUUACAGUUUAUAUAUUAUAUAUAAUCCCACAUGGCUCUCAACUUGCUCUUCCAUUCUUUAGUUUUGAAGAAAGAGAGAAAAAAUCCAUCCAGAGCUUUCUCUUUAAAGUCAUCAGAUACAAUCAAGAUCCCCUUCAGCUUAGCUGUUUACCCAUUAGCCCAUAACACCUUUGUCAGUUUCCCUUUCUUCUUUUUUUCUCGUAUAGAUACACAGAGGCAUGGCCAUGUUCUCUUUAACAUCAUCCAAGAAGAACUACUAUAAUAAUCACAGUGCCACUUGUACUGCAAAAGACACCAUUAGAGAGAAGAGAAUGAAGAUCAGAUGUGAUGUUUGUGACAUGGAUGAGGCUUCUGUGUUUUGUUCUGCUGAUGAAGCUGCUCUUUGUGAUGCCUGUGAUCGCCAUGUUCAUCAUGCUAAUAAGCUUGCUAGCAAACACUUGCGUUUCUCUCUUCUUCAUCCUUCCUCUAAACAAUCCCCUCUUUGUGAUGUUUGUCAGGUAGGUAAUUCAUUUCUUUUGAAUAUAUAUAUACUGAAGAAACAUGAGAAUUCUGAUGAUUUUCAUGGGGGUUUAUCAAUUUUCUUCCAGGAGAGACGAGCCUUUCUUUUCUGUCAAGAAGAUAGAGCGAUUCUUUGCAGAGAAUGUGAUAUUCCAAUUCAUGAAGUCAAUGAUCAUAUGAAGAAGCACAACAGAUUUCUUCUAACAGGCGUCAAGCUCUCUGCUUCUUCUUCUUUACAUCCAAGAUCGUCUUCUUCCAACAGCUGCAACACAAACAUGAACACUAACGGCAAGAAAAUUCCCCAGCAGCUACAUCUACAUAAUCCCUGCAGCUUUUCCGAUGAAAUCAUCAGUUCCCCUUCAGUUGAAAGACCAUCACCGUCGUUAGCUAAUCAAAGUCCCAACAGCGAUAACAUUUCACUUUCAACGAGCAGCAUUUCCGAGUACUUGGAGACGCUUCCCGGCUGGCGAGUCGACGAUUUUCUUGAACCUUCAAUGGCUGCUCAUGAUGGUUUCUGUAAGAACUUUUCCAAUUUUUCACCAUUGAUGGUGGAUCAAGAUCUUGAAAGCGAUUCGAUUUCUUUUUCCCCAGAAGAUUUAGCCUUCUGGGUACCUCAAGAUUCAGCUCAAUUGCCUCAGCAAGAUCAUGUACACCAUCCCCAGUUUGAAGGAGAGUUGCUCGAUGUGUUGAAGGAGUCCAAGGAAGCAACGAAGGGGAAAAUUAACAGAAAAUGGAGAAGUGAGGAUGCUUUUAGAGUUCCUGAGAUGAGCCAUAGAGCACUGAAGAAAUCCAGGCAUUUUUCAUAGAAGAAUAGAUAAGAUUUGUGCUUCAAAAUCUAUUGAGUUCUUCUGUUGAGUGAUCCAUGGCAACCAUUUUCAAUCCAAGAGAAGGAAGUGAAGUUUGUUUUUCAUGCCAUCUUGUAAGUUCCUGGUCAAAUGAAAACAGUCCACUAAGCAAGAUAUUUUUCAGGAUUGAAAAAGACAACCCACAUUAAUUAAAUGUGACAAAGGACUUCUUUAUUAAUGGAAUUUUAUUUUAUUC